AUGUCGGCUUCGCUUGGGCAUACAGUGGAAAAUCAGUCGCCUGACCAACUCCCUCUUACGAGGCGGCUACUACUAUUGUCAUUAUUUUGCCUUGCCCAGUUUUUGGAUGCCUUUAACAUGUCGACCGUUUUCGCUGCCAUGCCAGCUCUAGAACAGUCGUUGCAUGUAACGACAAGUCAGUCGGUAUGGAUCGUCAGUGCUUACCAGCUCACCUUUGCCUCAACUCUUUUGGUCAGCGGGCGCGUCAGUGACGUGUAUAAUCCCAAAUUCACUUUCGCUGGUGGAAUUUUUGCUUUGGGGCUAAUUUCGCUCGGUGCCGGUUUCGCCAACAGCAAGGUCAUCUUAAUCGUGUUGAGAGGGCUGAGUGGCAUUGCCAGCGCUAUGACCAUUCCAUCAGCUCUAACUCUUCUUGCAAACGUUUUCCCCCACCCUGUUGAACAGGCUCGCGCAAUUGGAAUAUUCGGUGGCUGUGGUGCAGUGGCAGAUGUUCUUGGCUUCCUUGUCGGCGCGAUGUUCGCGCAGUGGGCUUCUUACCGUUUGACCUUCUGGUUCGUCGGCAUCAUUGCUGUGCCUGCCGGGAUCAUCUGUAUGUUUGUCAUGCCACGCAAUACGAAGUUUGUGGAGAGCCAUGACCGUUCCAUUGCAAAGUGGAGAACACUUGACAUCAUUGGAGUAUCCAUCUUAACAGCUGCCAUCAUACUAUUCAUUUUUGCGGUCACAUCAGGUCCCACUCAGGGGUGGGAUUCUCCUGUUGUCUUGGUUUCAUUCUGUAGUCUCCGUUCUCUUAACAGUUGCAGUUCUUCUGCUGGGAAGGGCUUCUCCCCACAGAGAGGGCCUGCUAUACCCUCUUGCACUUGGCACUACAAGAAUUUUCCGGUUCUCAUGGGACUGGCCUUGCUGCCGUUCCUUUGGUGGACUGUGGUCUUUACCAUCUUCAUGAAAUUGUGGCAAGACGUCUUUCAUUGGUCUGCGAUCGCUGCAGCCGUCCACAUGCUUCCUGUCGGCAUGAUAGCAUUCACAACCAGCUUUUCCGGUGGUUUGGCUAGGGUUAUCAAUCCCAAAUGGAUAACCUUACUGGGACUGUCUAUGCUGGCAGUUGCUACCACGGUACUCGCUCUGGCGGGGGGUGAGGCGGAUCAAUACUGGCCAUUCGUCUUUCCGGCGUUGCUCCUUGGGAGCGCUGGUGCGAUGCUAACGUUCAUACAUACAAACCUCUCGAUCUUUCAGACCGCUCCGGUAUCUAUGUCUGGUACUGUGGGAGCGAUGUUCAACGGAGCACUGCAAAUUGGCUCGGCCGUCGGCCUCUCUGCUGUUACCUCGAUUGAAAGCGCCAUCGAGGCCAGAAACGGUGGUGCGACGGGGUACCACGGUCGUGCAGCAGCUUUCUGGUUUUUGCUGGGUGUCAUAGUCGUCGAAAUGUAUCCGCUAGCGCCAAAAGAUAUGGUAGUAGAUCAUGCAAGUACCUCGGAAAAAGCAGAUAAUGUUCCCCAUGAUACAGAGGCCAACAAAUAG